AUGGAUUCUAAUACACCGUUAUUGAGCUCUACCAGAGCUGGUGUUCGUCAUUCGACUUCGGCUUUGGCUAACUGUGCUGAAGUAUCGAAGAUAGUGUUUUAUUCAUCGCCUGUGAAUUAUUUGUUGGUAUUUGUUCCGUUGGGUUUGCUAUUCGGAUAUGGAGGCUUUUCUUCAACCUGGGUAUUUAUCUUGAACUUCAUGUCCAUCAUUCCACUAGCCGCCAUUCUAGCUUUUGCUACUGAGCAACUUUCAGACAAGGCUGGUAGUACGAUUGGUGGGCUAUUGAACGCUACCCUUGGUAAUGCGGUUGAAUUGAUUGUUUCCGUUAUUGCCUUGAAGGAGGGUCAAAUUAGAAUUGUGCAAGCAUCUAUGCUUGGCUCAAUUCUUUCGAAUUUGUUGUUGGUGUUGGGUUUCUGCUUUGUAUGUGGUGGCUACAACAGGACGCAACAGAAAUUCAACCAAACCGCUGCACAAACAAUGAGCUCAUUGUUGGCGAUUUCGAGUGCAUCACUAUUGAUUCCAGCAGCGUUCAAGGCUACGUUGCCAGAUGACAAAAAGAGCGUACAUUUUGUCGAUGCUAAAAUCCUGUCGUUGUCGAGAGCAACUUCUAUUGUGCUAUUGAUAGUGUACGUAUUAUUCUUGGUCUUCCAGCUCGGUUCGCAUCGUGAGAUGUUUGAACAACAAAACGAAGAAACAGAAGAGGUUUUACACAACCAAGAACAACGUGACCUAGUCGGCGAAAGCAUGAGCAUCACAUCGUCCUUGGUAAUUUUGACCAUCACUACAGUGCUAGUGUCUAUUUGUGCUGACUUCCUAGUUGGUACCAUCGAUGACAUUGUAGCCAGUUCCGGUUUAUCCAAGACUUUUAUCGGUUUAAUUGUUAUCCCAAUUGUCGGUAACGCUGCAGAACAUGUCACCAGUGUGAUUGUGGCUAUGAAGGACAAGAUGGAUUUGGCUUUGAGUGUGGCCAUCGGGUCUUCUCUACAAAUUUCCCUUUUCGUGACUCCGUUCAUGGUUCUUGUUGGAUGGGCUAUUGACGUCCCAAUGACAUUGAACUUUGCUACGUUCGAAACAGUCAUCAUGUUGAUCUCCGUCUUCCUAUCAAACUACUUGAUCCUAGACGGUGAAUCCAACUGGAUGGAAGGUUCCAUGUCGCUAGCUAUGUACGUUCUAGUGGCAUUGGCCUUCUUCUUCUACCCAGACGAACAAGCAGUCAAAUAA